AUGUUCUCCUUCAAGCUGGCCGACUUCAUGCACCGUCCGGUGGUCUGGGAGACGAGGGUGGUGGACGCCGCCCCACCUUCCAUCACCAUCUGCCCAUCCAGGUUGAACGUCUCCAGCUUGGAGGACGCUCGGUCCGGCUGGGAGCGGGGCAGCUUCACCACGGAGGAGGUUCUCCAACGGGCUGCCACGCCAGUCGAGGCUAUCGUCAUCGCGUGCUCCACUGCUAACGGCGAGCAGGACGAUGAUGCUCCGGUGGUGGAGAUUCUUCUCACACUCGCCCUUCAUCCCGACUUAUUCCACACCGUGGAGGGCUUCUACCGUCUGUUCUUCCACCAUGGGCGCUCCCCGAAGGUCUGGAACGGCGGGGCGCAGAUCAGCCCCUACCAUCUGGUGCAGGGAGGCCUGUUCCAGGAGGUGCUUCUGACGCAGAUCGGGAUGACCAUGGUGGACCGACCUCGGCAGCACUGCCGCCCAGAGGAGGACUACGACGUCAACCAGUGCCUGCUGGACUGCCGGUCGCUGGCUGCCUUCACCGAGUCUAACUGCAGCGUCCAGUGGGGGGCGACCAGCGGCGGCGGUCUGCCGGCCUGCGUCUCCCGGGCCGAGUACGAGGCGGCUGUCCGAGCCUGGCAGCGGGCGCGGCCCGACUGUGAUCACUGCCUGCGGCCCUGCCAGACCCAGCUGAUUGAAGUGAAGUCGCCUCCCGCCAUUCAGGGAAAUGCUUCGUCAGCGAUCGACAUCAAGCUGCGCUUCAGCCCGGAGCGUCUGUCGGUGCGGCAGCGGCUGGCCUACGAGCUGGUGGACCUGCUGUCCGACCUGGGCGGCGCCUUCGGCCUCCUGCUCGGCUACUCGCUCAUGAGUCUGGUGGACCUGCUGGACGCGGCUGUCGGCUGGAACGAGCGGCGCAGGCGGCGGAGGGCGGCGCCAGAAGGGUGGCGCUGAGACUGUGCAGCUGUGGACCCCGAAGCGCUAGCCUUUCGGAUGAACCGGUCAGUGAUUAAAUCUCCUGCUUGCUUUGUUUGAAGCAAUCGCAGAGGUAUAUAACAUCUGUAUGUAAGGUUUUUUGAUGCAUUUAUAUGCAUUGCAUAUCAUUAUCAAUCCGCCAGUCGAUUACAAAGUUAAGACCUCGAGGCGCCUUCUCCCUGCCAACAAUUCAUCGUAUAUUUUUUCCGUUUUCUGUUCUUUAUCCUUUGUCUUAACUCUUAGCCAUGAGCAUGUAAAUUUACCAUCACUUGUUUCAGGAAGACAUUAUUAUCAAUGAUAUCUUUCUAUGGGUGUUGCAGUCUCGUAUUCUGACAUUAAUAAACGAUUGUU